CGGUGUCACAAACCACGAUCGCCAAAUUCCACCCCUCCAUUUCGGCCCAUAGUUUCCUCCAUAGGCACCUACAACUACAGCUUGGCCAAAUACUUAAGUAAUCUCCUCCAACCUCAUAGAGCGGUUUUCACUUGACUGUCGAAAGUAAUUGAGGAAUUGGUUUGGUUUUGGUUUUACUACGCCCUUUGGUUGGCUAGUGUAUUUACUUUGGUUUUGGUUUUACGCCAGUCAAGUGAAAACCGCUCUAUUCCGUCCACAUUCAUUGCUUCAGAUUCCUUCACUUUUGUGAAGGAAAUCAAUGAUCUAUCUUUGCAUGGGAUGUUUAUGGUCUCCUUCGAUGUUGAAAGCCUCUUCACCAACAUACCUCUAGAUGAUUGUAUUAACCUUGCCGUCAAAUAUAUUACUGAGGGUAAUCCAGGGUUGAAACUUAGUAAAAGUGAGCUUAAAAGGCUGUUUGAGUUUGUUACCAAGGAAACUCACUUCCUCUUCAAAAGUAACUUCUGUGAUCAGGUGGAUGUUGUAGCCAUGGGGUCCCACCUUGCCCCUGUUCUCGCCAAUCUCUUUAUGGGUCACCAUGAG